UAACGCAGCUUCCUGUUUAUACUGACAACCGUAAUUGGGAUUUAAUAGUUCAUUUACUUAAAAUUUUAGCCCGAUUGGAAGGCAUGUCGGAUAUGGCAGCACACAUAAGUGAUCUGUAAGGCUCCUGUGGACAAGCCAAGAUGUAGUGACACAGCUGUGAGAUUUGUCAAGGGCCUGUCAGACUCACUCAGACAUGGACAGGGCUGACCGCGAAACUGUUUCGAGUGCAGUGACCGUUAAAACGGACACGGGCAGCAAAGUUCUUCCAGGCGACAAGCAGGGUCUUCCCUAUGAAGUCUGGGCAAUUAUAUUGUCCUAUUUGCCAGUGGAGGACUUGUGCAGGUCAGCCAUGGUGUGUAAGACGUGGUAUGAGGUAGUGGUCAGUCUUGACCACACCCGCUGGCGGGAGCUCUACCUGACCAGUAAUGAGUGGAGACACCCCUACUGGCCUCUCAACCUCCAAUCAGAACCCAGGUCCUGGCGUCAGGCGUAUAGAGACCAGCACGUGGCCUCCACAUUCUGGACUCAGAUAGACAACAGACCCAUAGCGGCGGUCUCCUGUAUGUCCGUCUUUAAAAGAACAAAAUUGCGCAAAACUAUCACAGUCGGCGUCGGAAAGGCUUUUGAAUCGCUUAAAGGUGCGCUGGGCGUGGCCAAUGACUACGAUCGUAUCCUGGUCUACCCGGGUAUAUACGAUGAGCAGUUUGAGAUGUCGUCAAAGAUGCCCUUUGAGUUGAUAGGGGUUGGCGAGUUGGGUAGCGUGAUUUUGGUUGUGUGUAUAGAGCAGGCAGCAAUCACUGGGCGUAUCAACAACCUCGUGUUUCGAGCUCCAUGGUUCACAAACUUUAUUAUGAAGGUUCGCUCUGGCUACCUGCAAGUGGACAACUGUAUAUUCGAAGACGGCAUGGUGUACGUACAAAAUCCAGGGACAAUUACCAUGUCUUUCUGUACAUUUCGACAUGCAACAAUUAUAUUACAACAUGUUAAUGCUAGUGUCAUACAGAACUGCAUGUUCUCACAAACUGACUCUGCUGCCAUUACCGUUGAGGGUUACCCCAAAGAGGAUCGCAACUGGACUAAUGGUGCUUUGAACAGCAAAAUCAUGAAAACAUGUACAUUACAAAAGAAACUAGACAAACAUAGUGAAGGACUUUUGCCAAAGUCCGCGUUUUCUCUUUCAACGGCAACAACUAGUAAUGUGAAAUCUGGUGCAAAGUCUUACUUAAUGAGACGUUAUUCGUUAGAUACUGACACAGUGUAUCAAAAACUAGUGAAACAGCCUAGAAGUCACGAUGUGGACUUGGACACAUCCAAAGAUGAUGUGCCUUUGCUGGGGGCAAUGGGUGGGUCAAACGAACACCACCUCCUCCAGCGACGAAAUUCCCAUUGUGGGACAGAGUCAAAUUUUUCUCAUGUAACCCAUGACAAUGCCCAUGACUGUGAUCUAGAUGAUUGCAAAAGAGUGUCAAACAAAUUAGGUACACAUGCUCACAGUUAUGCACAGUCUAUGCCACCUGGUGCACCCACGCUUUCAAUGCACAAUCUAACACAGCAGAACAUCAGCUCACACAACAGCAGGCACCAGAAAGAGAAAAUCAAACGCAUUGAAAGUUUUGUCUCAGAUUGUGCUAAAUAUGGCAGCACUGAACAAACAGGGGAAAUUACACACGGUGAAGGUGAACACUGCCAAGAUGACCUCAGCCCUUUGAAUGACCUUGACUUUCAAGGUCACAGUCAAGAUCACAUAGGUCAUCAGGCUGAACAUUAUCAUCAUCGACCUCAUAACUACCAUCAUCAUUCAAACUUGCUUCUACCUACAAACCUAAAUUUCCCAAAUCACAAUGCCUCGAUCGAGUCGGACGAGGAUAUAGACCUGUUGAGCGAAAAGCCAGACUGCCGUGUACCAGCACUCGACCUUCACUCCCUGAGGUCACACGAUCGUCAUGACAACCCACCCGUAGUGGUGGGUAACGAAGGGGAAGGGGCUCGAGCUCGAAGCCUUUCUAGCUCCGAGGUCUCCAUACAUACGGCCAGCAGCAAUGAUGUGUCUGAUGAGGACCCUGGAUCUAAUUCUGAUGAUGUUAACAGCAGUACACUCUUUGAUUCUGACAUGAGCUCGUCUACAGACGAUGAUGGUGCACCGCUCAGUGAUGAUAGUGAGUUCUCGUCAAGUGAGGAAUCUGUGAUCAUGCUCACGUACCCAGACAGGCACCAGCCACGGUCCCUCUCUGCUCAGAAAGAUGUGAAUGAUGUCACCUCUAUAAAUAGUCAGAAUCAGUCAGAGCAUAUUGAUAUUAUUCAGGACAAUGAUAUGAGGAAGGUUCUGAGCGAUGUGCGAGGCUGCCUGGUCCACAAGUGUCGCAUCACACAGAGCAAGGGAGCAGUGAUGGUCAGCAUGCAGGCACAUGCCAUCAUCAUGGAGUGUGAGAUCAACAGUGUGGGAUAUGGGAUACGAUGCAUACAGAAUUCCAUGACAGUUGUUUUAAAGAAUGAGAUCCACCAUUGUCGGACGUCUGCAGUGUUCAUGAGAUUGGCUGCCUCGGGCCUGGUUACAGGAAAUGAUAUUCACUCCAAUUGUGAGGCAGGGAUCGAUAUCAGAAAGAAUGCCGACCCUAUAGUACAGUGUAAUCGUAUCCAUCAUGGCAAGCGGUCAGGGGUGGUGGUGUUAGGAAGUGGGCGUGGCCAGAUACGGCACAAUGACAUCUACCAGAACAAAGAGGCGGGUGUAUACAUACUUUACAGGGGAAACCCCACGGUCAGCAACAAUCAGAUUUACAGUGGGAAGGCAGCUGGAAUAGCUGUGAAUGAGGGAGGGCGUGGGUACAUACAUGGUAAUGUGAUCACGGGUAACCAAUGGGGAGGGAUAGACAUCCGUCAUGGAGGGGACCCUGUGAUACACCAGAACACUGUCUGUAACGGCAUCUCAGAUGGAAUAGUAAUAGGAGAGGGAGGAAGAGGGACCAUACAGAACAACAUCAUAACAGGUAACGCCGGCUGUGGUGUGUGGGUCAUGGCUGCACAUCAACCUCUUAUCCAUGGCAAUGAGAUCCAUAGCAACCGUGACUCAGGAAUCAGCAUGGUCAACAGAACGGACUCGAGUCCCAAGGAUGACAGUCCCUCUGCACAGUCCAAAGAGACACCCACCCAGUCCAGUAUGGAUUUCUGGGGUCUCGUACAGGACCAGGGUGGGGCGGGCAGUGGGCGCACAGUAACCGUGGCAACCCUGGAGUAUAACAAGGUCUUCAAUAAUGAAGGCAAAGGCAUAUCUGUUCAGUUUGGGGAGAGUGUCAUGAUUGACAGUAACAUCGUCCACGGCAACAAGUCAGACGGCAUCUGUGUGGACCAGGCAUGUCCUGUGACCUUGACCUCUAACUGUGUGACCUUUAACUCUGGGUCUGGGGUCAUGGUCACAGGUCAGGGGAAGGCCAGUAUUGUUGGAAAUGGUAUCUAUGACAAUCGUGACCAUGGUAUCUGGUGUCAAUGCGAGGCUGAGAUAUUGGAAAAUGAUAUCCUUGGAAACAACUGGAGUGCAGUGUUACUGAAGAACGUGACAAUGGGCGUGAUAAAAAACAACCGUCUGCACUCCUCCAAUGAUUUCCUGGUGUGUCUGACCGGUGUGCGUCGAUGCGUAGUGGAGGACAAUGUGUUCUACGGGCCAGGAGACAAGACCAUCAGCGCGGACAGUGGCUCCAAGUGUACCUCAAUAGCAAAUCAGGUUCUCACAGCACCUUUAAGGCAGGCCAACAGUGCACGGAGGAUGGACCUACCCACCCUGACCCCUCUGGGCACUGCGACCUGGCUUUUGGUUGACCCCACCCCCAGACCUCAUUUGGUCACGCCCCCAGCGAUGAGCCAUGCCCCCCAGAACCAGACUGCUAUCACUCGGAUCACUGUGCCCGCGGAGAACUGUGAUCGAGGUUCAAGACUGUGCACUAUUAUAUAAUUUUAAUAGGAAAUGUUCAAUAGUUUACUGUGCUGCCUUCUGGAAAAACUGGGCCUUAUGUAUAUGCAUUAACCUAUUUAUGCCUAGUGGACUCUCCCAUCCUUCUAAAUUGGAUUAAUUUAUUCCCAAAAUUAGGGAUUUAUAGUAUACUUAUUUCUAUAUUUAGAAUAUUUCUUAUGGAAAUUCUUUUAAGCAAACAGCGCAGACCCUGAUGAGACGCCACAUGAUGUGGCGUCUCAUCUGGGUCUACGUUGUUUGCCACGGCCUUUUUUCUAGACGCUAGGCAUAAAUGGGUUAAAUGUUGUCCAAGAUAAGCCUGUGCUGUAAUGGAUGACACUUUUUGUAUUUCUAGAUUAGAUUCAGAAUAGACUUUCUUUAACCCUUUGCAUGCUGGGAAAUUUGUCGUCUGCUAAAAUGUUGUCUGCUGAAUUUCUAAAAUUAGCAUUUUCUUCGAUAUUUUUCAAAGAAUACUAUCAGAAUAGCAAACAGUUUGGGUCCUGAUGAGACGCCACGUUCUAUGGCGUCUCAUCUGGAUCCGAACUGUUUGCUAAGGCCUUUAAAAGUCGGUUCCCGCACUGAAAGGGUUAAAAAAAAUCCUUACAAGCGGAAAGUGUUGUCCCUGAUAAGCCUGCUCAGACUGCACAGGCUAAUAUAGGAGGACACUUAACACAGAUACAUUAAGCCCUGUUAUCUCAGAACAAGUCUCAUAAAAUCUUAAUAGGAAAUUUUGAGUAGUAUGGUGUUUAUAAUUGAAGAGGGGUUGAAAGUAACCUUAUUGAAAAUUGGAAACAAUACCUGAAUAUUGCUAAACCAUUUAGACCAGCAGUGAGCUAAGGGUACUUUUAUUUUAAAUUUAAUGUUAAGUAAGAUUUAUAAUGUUGAAGCAUUUGUUGUAUGAGGCUUUGUUAUUACUCCAUUUACAAUUAAAAGUUAACUAGAAAUUAUUUUGUUGUUGUUGAUAGGUUAAAAUUUUGUUUAUUGCAUCAUGGAUGUUAUUUAUAGGAAAAUGGGUAUUUCGUUUUUAUCUUUUAUCUGUUUUAGGCCAUUUUAAAAUAAAUCAUUAUGUUUACCUCUUUUAAGAAGAAUGGGGCAUACAAAUGUCAGCUUUUAUUUUUAUCGUUCUUGUAUAAUAACAUACUGUGUAUAGCUUUAUAUGAACAAUACUUAUUAAGAUGUAAAAUAAAUUAUAGCUACGUUUUAGGUCGUUCUGAUAAAUUUUCACUUUGCUAAGAUAUUAAGAAUGAAUAGUUUUAAUGUCAAUAUACAUGUAGAUAUAAUCAAAGUACACUUAUAAAUAUCAAUGUAGAUUGAUACUAUACAUGCUAAAAUCAAUUUGUCAUACAUUUAUUUAUAACAUUAUUAAUGCAAACAGUGUUCACCAGGUUUAAUAUAUGUUCUAUUCUAUUAUAUUAAAUUUAAUAUUUUUGACUCAAUAACUUUAGUUUGGAUAAAGGUGUUAAUCUCUGAGAAAUCAAAGUCACAGACAAAGUAAGCUUCCAUAAAAUAUAUGUGUCUUGAUCUGAGAAAGCUGGGCUCAAUUCAUGUUCGUAAAUCAUCGUCCCAGAUUAGCCUGUGCAGUCCGCACAGGUUAAUCAGGGACGACACUUUCCGCUUUAAUGGUAUUUUUAGUUUCAAGGAAGUCCCUCCUUACCGAAAAUCAAGUUUAAGCGGAAAGUGUUGUCCCUGAUUAGCCUGUGCGGACUGCACAGGCUAAUCUGGGACGACACUUUACGCACAUGAAUUAAGCCCAGUUUUCUCAGAACAAGACACAUAUGAGUGUUAUUCCAGUUUGGUCUGUGUGGUUUGCAUAGGCAUAUCAUGGACAACACUUUCUGCUUUUAUAGAAUUUUUCAAUCAAAGGAAGUCUUUUCUAAACCAAAAUCUAGUUAAGGCGGAAAGUGAUGUCCCUGAUUGCAUAGCCAAUGCAGACUGCACACAAAUACGCAUAAAUCUUUGGUCAACGCUUGGAACAGUCAAAGCAAAGCAUGGUUGGUUUAAAUAGGUUUUAAGAAUCUUCAAACC